GUUGUCGAAAAUUGGAAUUUAAAAAUUUUAUUGACUUCAAUUUAAUUAUUAAUAUUCAACGCAUGUUUAACAAAUUGUGCUUGUUUGUUGUUUUAUUAAUUUUGGCCGUAAAAGUAUGUACGGUAAAUGGCGGGAAAUUAACUAACAAAACCGAAGCAUACGCCAUGGCAAGUGGUCAGAAGAAACAAGACACCAGCAGCGUUGAAUCGUAUUUUAAGCGGGAUCCUUAUGGUCCAAAUACUUAUGCUUUUGGUUUUGAAAUAAAUGACAAGAAGACCGGCAAUGUACAAUUUCGAGACGAGCGACGUUUUGUGAACGGCAGUACGGAAGGAGCUUUUGGAUAUCUUCGACCAGAUGGACGAGUAACGAUUUCACGUUUUAUAGCUGAUAAGAAAAGAGGUUACUUAACACAUACAGAAACCUUUAGUGAAGGUGACAAGUACAAAUGGCAGAAAUAUUGGCCCACAGAAAAACCCGAUAUAAUAAUGGACAGACCAAUAGACAUGAGUCAAACAAAUAUAACAUUCAAUAAAGCACUACAAUUGAAUGAAACUUAUAGUAAACUGCCGAUAAAUAUAACAAAUGAAAUACAAAAACAGCAUGGCUUGGAUGUAAAUAGUGUUGAUUUUAAUAAUGAUAUAUUGGAUCCAUUGGUGGAUGAGAUAAUAAAUGGUAAAAUACCAUUAAAAAAAGUCACUAAUGGAAAGAGUGCUAAUGGUAUUGGCUUUGAAACAGUGCACAACUUUAUACCAACCGAUUUUCAUAUAGCACCUUUUCAGUUACCAGCUGAUGAUGAACAAGUUGAUGUGGGUGUUAUAAAUAAACAAGAGAGGAAGUAUGUAAAUGAUGUAAAUGAAGAAAUGGGAUCUAAAAAACAAAUGCAGUAUGCUGCAGCUAAAGAAAAUACUUCAGUGAAGAAUUUGGCAAAAGAUAUUUCACUAGAUGUUAAGGAUAAGAAAAGUGCAGAUAGAAAUGGUAAAAGUUAUAAAGAAAAAGUAGAACGCCCAGAUAAUUUCAAAUUAGAAUCUUGGUAUAAACAAAUCAUAGAUGAAGCUAGAAAAGAAUUUUUGCAAAAUUAUUAAAAUAAUUAUAUUUAGUUAUAUAUUAAAAAACGA